UCUGCCGCUGAAUUAAAGAAGAAGAAGAAGAACACGAGAGACUCAUUGGACGCCUCCGAUGCUACACAACUAACAGCCGUUUGUUCUCAAACAUCUGGACAAAUCGGAAGAAGUAAGACCGUUAUUAAAAUAUCCCUUUUUGCUGUGUGGUAGCUUAGUGUACGUCACACACACCAGGGGGUAUUUUGUGUAGUUAGCUCAACCCGCGGCUAGUUGACCGCUAAAAAAGAGAGAGCUAGCCAGCUAGCUAGCUAGCUAGCUUGACUGGCUAGUUAGCUCACAACGCCAUAAGAAGAAAGUCGGAAACACAAAUUGCUGGCGUAUCGAUUACAGGCGCCGAUGCUUCCAGUGUCUGCGACAUAAACCACAACAAGUGCAAGAAUGAAUAUCGCAAAAAGUGGAUAUCGCGUCUUUUCCGCAAACUCCUCUGUAGCGUGCACGGAAUUGGCCAAGAAGAUAACAGAGCGGCUGGGAGUUGAACUGGGGAAGUCUGUGGUCUUCCAGGAGUCAAACCGAGAAACCAGAGUGGAUGUGAAAGAAUCAGUCCGGGGACAAACGAUCUUCAUCAUCCAGACCAUACCGAGAGAUGUUAACACAGCGAUCAUGGAGCUGCUGGUCAUGGCCUACGCCCUAAAGACGUCAUGCGCGAAGAACAUCAUUGGAGUGAUUCCUUACUUCCCCUACAGCAAACAGUGCAAGAUGAGGAAGAGGGGCUCAAUAGUGAGCAAGUUGUUAGCGUCUAUGCUGGCAAAAGCAGGAUUAACGCACAUCAUCACCAUGGACCUGCACCAGAAGGAGAUCCAGGGCUUCUUCAGCUUUCCGGUGGACAAUUUGCGUGCCUCCCCUUUCUUGAUUCAGUACAUCCAAGAAGAGAUUCCUGAUUACAGAAACGCCAUCAUUGUGGCGAAGUCCCCAUCAGCGGCCAAGAGGGCUCAGUCCUACGCUGAGCGCCUGCGUUUGGGCCUGGCCGUGAUCCACGGCGAGGCUCAGUGUUCCGAGUCCGACAUGGCCGACGGAAGACACUCGCCGCCGUGCGUGCGCAACACCACGGGACACACCGGCCUGGAGCUUCCUCCAGGCAAACAACAAGCUCCGUUCCCCGGCAUAGAGCUCCCAAUGAUGAUGGCCAAGGAGAAACCUCCCAUCACGGUAGUCGGAGACGUGGGCGGGAGGAUCGCCAUCAUCGUGGAUGACAUCAUCGAUGACGUGGGCGACUUUGUUGCGGCUGCCGAGAUCCUGAAAGAGAGGGGCGCCUAUAAGAUCUACAUCAUGGCCACGCACGGCCUGCUGUCCGCCGACGCCCCGCGCCUCAUCGAGGAGUCGGCCAUCGACGAGGUGGUGGUGACCAACACCGUCCCCCACGAGGUGCAGAAGCUGCAGUGUCCCAAAAUCAAGACGGUGGACGUGAGCAUGAUCCUGGCCGAGGCCAUCCGCCGCAUCCACAACGGGGAGUCCAUGGCCUACCUGUUCCGUAACAUCACCGUGGACGACUAGAGGGCCGGAGCCCCCACCCACCCCCCUCUCUCACUGGGCUGUGGAGAUCAACACGCUGACGCCAUGUUUUCCGUGUGCUUGUGUCGGGUUACAUGUUUUUUUGCGAAUUCAUCGAAGCGCGUUUUGAGUAGUCCGAGUCACUCCAAGUUAUUGAAGUUCCAACCAAAGGUGUGAAAGAAAAAAAAAAUGGUUUUGCGGAGUUUGAGAAGUGCCCCUUGUUCUUUUUGAGAAACGACGAUGAGCGAGCUGCGGCGGCGCGUCCUGUCGCGCUCGGGCGGCGCUCUUGGCCCCUCGCCGCUUCUCCAACUUGAACAAUAGACGCUUUGUAUUUAAAUGGGUGAUGCGCUGCGCUGCCUCAUAACUAGUGACUGAGCAUCAGCUGCGAUGGAGAAGAGGAGCAUGUCUGUCUCAGGCUCUGAGAGGGGGGGGGGGGGGGGCACACGCGUGCUCAUUGGUGCCCGGAUUACAUUUCUACGCAGCUGUUUCUGCACCAUGUGUGGUGCUACUGUUAAAAAUGAAGGACUCAUCAUUUUAUAUUGUGUGUUUCAGGGGGUGAGUUCCUUCCUUCCUGCUUGCUGUUGGAAGGAUCUCGGAGGAUAGUUUUGGUUUCAUGCUGCAGUAAACUUGAGUUUGAUGUCAUUCGACUUACAAUGCAAAUUAUCAAAAUGUUUUUGUUGUUGUUUUUCUUGAAAAGUCAAACGUGUGGGUCAAAUAAUUGACAAUGUAUUUAACGACGAGGUCUUUGGAUUAUUCAGAGAGCAUUUUAAUAUUUGAGGUGGAAGCGGUAAACACCACAGGUGAAGUUCAAAUGUUUAACUUAUACUGAAACAAUAACAUGACACACAUUUGGGUUCAUUUUUCUCAUUAAAACUAUUGUUUGCUUAAUUCUGGAUGGACUGACCCUUUUAAUAACAUCCUCCAUUUGUAGUCUGAACAUAGUGCUCAUUAAUAAAUAGACGAUUGUGUACACUGACUGAAUUGCAUUAAAUACCAAAAGGUC